UGUGAACAGGAAGCGAGCAGCAGGUGCCACAGGAAGCUGUUAGCUCUGUGAGGAGGAAAGAAGAAGCUAUCGGCUUUUACCUGCAGCAACCCAACUCAUCAAAUACAAAAAAAGCACACAGCAACAUUAGAUUUGCAGAUUUUCUUUCGUCGUCAGCUAAAAUGAGCGCUGCCGUUCCCAACCAUCGAAGGACCAAACCCGGAGGCAUAAAGCCUGGAGCUGCAAACAGCGGCGUGACCGGACCCACCUCCCAGAUUCCCGGCCUCUGCCAGACCGCCACCGAUAGCGCGGAGGUGGAGAGGAUCAGCGGGCGGCGAGUGGGGAUAUUUGAGACCGACUCGGACUACGUCAAGCUGGCGAAGCAGGGAGGACACAAAGGCCUAUUGAGUCACGACGUUGAUGACGAUGACGCGCCGAAGAAAGCCUACAACCCGCCCAACUGGUUCGGAGGGGAUGAGUCAAAGAGCGGGAGCGAAGCCUCGUCUCCUGACAGCCAGAUGAAGGCGGGCAGGCGGCUUCUGGCUGCUCCCUUUGGCACUGAUAACAAUUCCUCCUGGGAAAGAGAGACUGAUAGUUUUUCCCAUGGUAAAGAGAAGAUGUCUCCAGAUGAUGCAGCUGUGCCUAUGGAGGGUCUGUCCAUGACCAACAAGUAUAAGAGAAUAUCCUACGAUAAGAAAGCUCCUCCGGUCAGCAUGUCCAAGCUGCUCAGUCACGGCUACAUGGAGGAGAAGAAGAAGUCUGGAAACGACGACGAUACUUCAAGCGUGACGUCAGAACAGACCAGCACCGUCAUGACGGAGGAUGUGGACGACCUGGAUUAGUUUGCUCAGGUUCUGCUUAGCAGGAACAAUGGGGCUGUUCUUUAAGGUUCUUUUCCCCCCGAUACGGUGCAAACACACCUCUGCACCCUCUUACGUUUUAGUCAUGUUUAUUGUAAAUCCACUGACUGUUAGGUUUUGUACUCAUGUUUAUGCAAAGGUACUGUCUUUAUUAUUUAUUGUUUUAAUUUGUAUAGAAAGAAGGAGAAGAAGAAGAAAGGUGCGUUUCUGAGUAGCGUAGUCGGUGUUGGUGACUUUUUGAGUUUUGUUUCUGUGCUCGAUUUGAAAGCAGGGCUGGAAUCCAACAGCUGCCGGUUUUUACCUCUGAGCCUCGUUGCUGUUCGCUUCCCGCCCUGGACGUAUGAAGAUCGACUUGGUGACGUUUAAAUGUUUGUGCUGAUGAUUCGUGGUUCCAGUGACGUGAAGUAUUAUUUGCUCGGCUUGGCGUGUUUUUU